GAACGCAUCGCACGCUUCCCCCCCUGCCAAGCCGCGCCUGCUUCCCUCUCGGUGGGACCGGGGGCUGGACCGAACCACGGACCUACGACAGCCCUUCAGUCAAGAAGUAAAAAAAAAAACCUACACCAUGUGAAGAAAAGGUGUGUGUAUAAAAAGAGACACGGAGAGAGCGAAGAAGAAGAAGAAGCAGCGGUUGCAGCAGCGAAGGUGAGAGCGUUUUCACUCGUCUCACCAACACCGACGCCGGGUUAGCACUGUUUUCAGGACUCGGCAGAGAGCGAAUGGACAGAGCCGGAGGGAAACAGAAGACACACAGCAACGGUUGCAGACACGUAUACCAUGCCGACAAGCGAUGGCCCUAGUCACUUCCCUGUCUUUGUGGCUCCGCCCCAUGGACACCACCAGAGGUCGCCAGGCUAUGUCCCCGGGCGUGUGGCUCCUGUCCGCUCACCACCACCUGCCAAAGCUCCACCGCCUCCACCACUAAAACCUCGUUGCCCACCACCGGAGCGACAACCCACUUUCAACCUGUCGGAGGAAAACCAGCGCAGGGAACGUGCUCGGAGCCUCCAGCAGAGGAAGAACACGCUGAUCUGCUUUGGGGUGUCCAUGGGUGCAUUCCUCCUCACACUUAUCCUCGUCCUCAGCCUCACAAGUGGAGAUGUGAUCGAUGAAAACUGUCCGGACCACAAUCCAUCCCUCAGCAGCUGGAACCCAGGUCUUCAACCAGAAAAGGCUGUUGUUGUCAGGAGUGGACAUUUGUUCAGACUGGAGUCCUCUGCUACGUUCUUUUCACUAACCAUUCAGUCAGGAGGUCAAGUAGUUUUUGCAGACAAUGCUGACGGCUCCAAAAACAUAACAUUGAGAACCCACCACAUCCUCAUAGAAGAUGGUGGAGCCCUUCACAUCGGCGCUCCCAAAUGUCGUUACCGUUCACAUGCCACUAUAGCCCUUUUGGGCCGUUCUGACGACAAGGAAGUCCCGGAGGUCCCCGGUCUGGGCCACAAGUUCAUUGGGGUUCAGGGUGGCGGUACACUGGAGCUACAUGGUACCGAGAGAGUCUCGUGGUCUCUGCUGACCCAAAGCAUCCCUGCCACUGGGCUGGCCUCAGGAGGUUACUCCUUCCAGCGGAACUUCAGCCGAGGCAUCAACCUGCGCGUGGUGGACCAGGACACUGCAGCUGUGCUGUUUUCCGAACGCUACGACACACACGAUUCCCGUAAUGACAGUCGUCAGCUGACUCAGCUGCUUCGGUCGCUGCCGCCGGGCCGCAUCGUCACUCUGGCUGUCGGCGACUCUGCUGCCAAAUCUCUGCUCGAUGACACCAAGAGGACCAUUGAAGAGAAGCUCGGCAGCAGCUUCGUCCACGAUCUCAAAUACAGACAGGCCUGGGCUUUGGUGUCGGUGGUAGACGGUGGUAACGCGUCGUGCACAGAGGACGUCCGGGAGCAUGAAAACCACGACACGGGAGGAAGAGCACUGGCCACGCGCAACUUCACCACCGUGGACGGAGUAGGAUUCUCUGUGACUGCUUACAGUGAAUGGAAAACUGGUUUUGCCAUCUCGGGCUUCCAGGUGGACGCGGUGGACCAGGUGGUUCUAAACCUGCAGGACGAAGUGCAGCAGACCUGGAAACCCGGGGAUCACGUUGUAGUUGCCAGCACAGAUUACUCCAUGCAUCAGGCUGAAGAGUUCACCCUGCUGCCUUGUCGUCGGUGCACCAGCAGGCAGGUCAGGAUACAAGGGAAGCCUCAGUACGGUCAUGUUGGAGAGAUCCUUGAUGGAGUGGACAUGCGUGCCGAAGUGGCUCUGCUCUCCAGAAACAUUCUCAUCUACGGAGAAAUGGAGAACUCCUGCUAUGGAAACAACAUGUGUCAGUUCUACAACCACGACACCUACGGAGGCCACAUCAAGAUCUAUGCUAACUUCUCGUCGGUGCAUCUGUCCCACGUGGAGCUGAAGAACAUGGGUCAGCAGGGAGAGAAAGGACGCUACCCUCUCAACUUUUACAUGUGCUGGGAUGUCGACCAGAGGGGAGGCUACCGGGAACCAACCUAUGUGGACGGACUCUCCAUACACCACUCCUUCUCACGCUGCGUCACCAUCCACGCCACCAAUGGUUUGCUGGUGAAAAACACAGUUGGUUACGACACCCUGGGUCACUGUUUUUUCCUCAAAGAUGGGAUCGAGCAGCGCAACACUUUUUUCCACAACCUCGGCCUGCUGACGCGACCUGGAACUCAGUUGCCCACCGACCGCAACGACACUCUCUGCACCAGCAUCAAGGACAACGUCUACAAGGGCUACACGCCUUCACCCAGCACAGAGUGCAAGGCAGUGUCAACAUUCUGGAUCGCCAACCCCAACAACAACCUCAUCAGUAACGCAGCUGCUGGUUCUCAGGACGCUGGCAUAUGGUUUGUGUUCCACAGCGCGUCCACUGGAGACUCGCAUGGGCUGGUACCGGAGACCAAGGCAGAGCUCACUCCACUGGGGAUUUUCUACAACAACCGUGUUCACUCCAACUUUAAGGCAGGGCUGUUCAUUGAUAAAGGAGUGAAGACCACGAAUGCCAGUGCUGCCGACCCUCGGGAAUAUCUGUGUCUAGACAACAGUGCCAGGUUCAGACCACACCAGAACGCUGAUCCCGGCCGUCCUCGGGUGGCAGCCGUCAUCGACACGCUCAUCUCCUUCAAGAACAACGACCUGGGAGCGUGGAUUCGUGGUGGUGACAUCAUCAUCCAGAACUCUGGAUUUGCAGACAAUGGAGUGGGAUUAUCCUUUGCCAGUGAUGGCAGCUACCCUAAGGAUGAAGGCUCAAGCCAAGAGGUGAAACAGUCCCUGUUUGUGGGCGAAAGCCAGAACAGAGGGACAAAUGGAGGACAAAAUAAAUACUGGGGACCAGGAGGAGCUGAUGCAAAGAUGAGGACGCUGCCCAGAAACAGGACGUUCCCGAUCCGAGGUUUCCAGAUCUACGACGGUCCGGUGCGGCUCACGCAGAGCACAUUCCGUGGAUUCAUCCCCACGCCGGAGCGUUACACCAACGCUGUGGGAUUUAAUCUGAAGAACACCUGGCAGCUCACACCGCAAAACAACUUGUCCCGGAUCAGCUUCCACUCCACUGUGGGUCUGCGGGCGUUUUUUGGUCGCCCCGGUCAGUGGUUUGAAGAAAACGACCUGGACGGAGACAAAAACUCCAUCUUCCACGACGUGGACGGGUCAGUCACGGGCUACAAAGACACCUACGUCGGCAGAGCAGACAAUUACCUGAUCCGACAUCCUGCCUGUGUGCUCAUGUCCCAGUGGAGUGGAGUGAUCUGCAGCGGCCGCUAUUCUCAGGUGUAUGUCCAGACGCAGGGAGCCCCCAGUCUCACUCUGUCCAUCAGCAGAGACGAAUAUCCGAGCGCUCCGCUGGUGCUGAGGGGGACUAACAGCCAGGGGGCGCCGUCUCAGCAGUACCAGCCUGUCCUGAUGAUGAGCAAGAGCUACACUCUGCACUGGAGCGGACCUGCACCCAGGGAGGUCGUCCUGUCGCUCAUCAACUUUGAUAAAGAUGACUGGGUGCUGGUCGGCCUCUGUUACCCUUCAGAAACCACGUUCCAGAUCAUGGCCGACAUCAACGACAGGCAGAGCAACACCUUCAUCGACCUCACCGACUACGGCACUGUGUCGUCGUUAGCGGAGUUGGAGAAAAAGCCGAUGGAGAGAAAGUACUUCUUUGAUCAACCUGUCGGCUUGCUGUGGCUCUACCUGCGGGCCCGACACGGCCGUGAAGGCCACAGCUACUGCUCAGUGAAAGGCUGUGAACGAGUGAAGAUCAUGGCGACCACGUCCUCCAAACAGACGUGUAACUGUACGGCCAAAGCUUACCCCAAAUACGCCAAGAGUCCUUCAGCGGCAGUGCCGAUGCCUGCACUGAACACGCAGCCCUGCAAAGACUGUGGUGCUAAACAGCUUGUGUUUUCCAGUGAACCGUGGACCGUCUACCUCCAAACACAAAUCAAGUCUCUGAGCAGCAACGAGCAGCAGAGAGGAGAUAACACCUCCUCCAUCACUGUAAAUGAGGUGAUCAUGCUCUUCUCUCAGCCUGGAUAUUUCCUGGUCACGGUGGACGCCUGCUCCGGAAAAGUCACCAAGAAAACCUCAUUUUCCAAAAUGGAUGCCAAAAUGGAACAAUACCUAAAAACAGGAAUACCAAAGAGGUCAAUGUUGCUCAUGGCGACACGAGGUCAGCCCAAAGACCUGGUCAAAGUCGCACCGUACCUGGUCUCCUUCGGUGCGGCCAAAGCUGCCAGUCUGCAAACUAAAGAGGGUCUGGCUUUCUGGGGGUUCCCGGGUGGUUCUUCACCUCCUUCGUGGGUUACACUGCGCACCGGGCAGGGGGACGAGGUCCUGGGGCGACAGGAGCGUUACUUACCGCUGGGGUUGGAGUCGUACGGCUGCACGGCGCCGCCGCCGGCAGCUCUGCCGCGCAGAGACCUGGAGCUGCUGAAAAAAGCCACGGGACAACAAUGACCAAUGUGAAACGAUACAAAAAAAAACCUUACCUACAAAAAACAGAAACACUCUUGCACACGGAUA